GUUGCAAGCUCUUUAUUUGCUCUCUUAACUCUCCCAUGUUCUACAAGUAUUAUUCCAAAUUAUCGAAAUAACUUUAUAAAUCACAAUGAGUCGAUUCAUCAAGAAAAUCUUUGCCAAAGUCAAAAAACUGAUCAAGAGAACUAAUCAAGAUUCUACCCCACAUCAGCAUCAGCAACAGCAUGUCAGCUCUCAGCCAAUCGAUGAAACAAUUUUGGAGCAGCCGCUUCGGGAGACAGAUGUUCGGCAAGAUGGGGAAUACAAUGGCGAGCCUCAAAAUGAUGACGCCCAGCAAUUUCGCGAUCAUUUUCCCCCUUCCGACCCGUCUAAACCGCCGAUCUCGACAUUCUUCCGAAGUGAAUCAUACGGGCUUGAUCCAAAAAACCUCAAGACUGAAUCCGGAGCUUUAGCUGAGAGAACCUUCCAAUACUUCUACUGCGGAAGAACACAUCAGUUUCAGGGCAAAGUAGAGCACGAAGGUACUUUGGGAAAAGGAAAUAAUUUCGGAUAUGUCUUAUGGCCUGUCUCGAUCAUGCUUCAUGCAGCUGCCGAUUGUCUUUCGCCUCAGCGAGUGAAUCAAGUCGCCUUGGUACAACAAGAAUACUGGAACAAAGACUACCAUGCAUUUUGUGCUUGGAAGAUGUUCAUUGGAAAUAAGGACAUCUAUUACGAUGAUAACGCCCACGCUGUUCAAGCUUUGAUAUCGUCGUAUGAAGUUACAGGACAGCUCGAGUUUUUACUUCAAGCCAAGGACGUGCUGGAGUAUUUUAUUAUGAAAUUCGCGACGGAAGAAGCAGGUGGCAUUCCAUGGCAUGUCUCAAACAACAAAGUCCGAGCUGCUUGCUCAGUUGGCCCAGCUGUUAUAUCUGCCUUGAGAAUCAGAGCUUUACCGUCAACCCAUGUCCUUGAUAGUCAAAAUAGACCUGAAUAUUAUCUUAGGUUUGCCACAAUCAUGUUGACCUGGCUUCGGGUUAACUUGCAAGAUCCAAAAGAUAAACUCAUCUGGGAUCAAUUGAAAAUAAAUGAAGAUGGAUCCAAGGAAAUCGAACGUACGAAAUGGUCAUAUAAUAGUGGAUUCGCCAUUCAUGGUUUCACACUCUUGUACGAAGCUACCAACGAUCGUAGCCAUUUGAAAACGGCAAUAGAAAUUGCAGAAGCAGCGCUGGAUCCUAAUGGUGUACUUUACGAUCACUGUAUUCCAGAUCCAUCCCAAAGAAUGCUUUCAGACGGUUCCUUUUUUUUACAUCAUCUUGUGGAUGGAUAUCUUGCUCUUUCAAAAUAUGCUCACACCAAGAAACUUAGAAACGAAAUUAUCCGUAUCGCGAAAUGGGGAAAGGAGUUCAUGAAGGAUAAAGAGGAUGAGUUGUACUAUCGCGGUAGUCGUCCCUACACCAUUUCCUCUAAGCAGGCAAAUCAAUUCUACGUAAAGUUUGGCAUCAGAAAAUUCAAAGAGCAAAACAAGCAAGAAUUGGACAAAGAUGGAAAUCAGUGCAAGACUAUGAUUGGAUGUGCAAGUUGGGCAAGGAUACUCCGUGCUGCGGAAAUCGUUAAAGCAAGCAUCGCUAAGGAGUCAGCAGGCGAAGCUACUGUGAAUGAGAAAGCUAUCAAGGGUAUGAAGGAAACGACUGAUGCUGUGCAUGUUUGAAGUUCCAAAGCGAGAGGAGGCGUAGAUUCAAUUAUCCUUUGUAUGAAAGAGCAGCAAUACAAACAUUAGCGUAAUAAUCAAAAGUACUGAAAUCA